AAAAUUCAAAUGGGUUGUGUAAGGAAGUUGCAAGCCUGUCUGAAUUCGAGGGCAGGUGGGGAUUUGAAUAUAUGGUCAUUGAAUCAUCUCCCUUUAAAGGUCAUUACUAGCCAUUGUUCCCUCUGCAACUUUCUUGCUUGGUUACAUCCAAAACUUUUCCCUUAUUUCCAAGUCGACGGCAAAAGAAAUGGUCCUGCAAUUUUAGAAUCUCGGAAGCGGAGGAGUGAAAUUUCUGCAUUGUCGAUGGCGGUCAAGAAGAUUUUGUGGAGCUACGUUGUGCCGAGCUGUUGCGGGAAAGGAACCAAUCCCCGCAAGCCCAAGAAAGUGGUGUCCAAGCAGAGUUCCUUCCAAAGGCUUUCUGUGUCGGAUUUGAGCAACCCAAGCGUGACGUUGUCGGAAGACCUUUCCAUAUCUCUUGCAGGGUCGAACCUCCAUGUAUUCACCCUCCAGGAGCUCAAGCUGAUCACCCAGAGCUUCUCGUCGAGCAACUUUAUUGGUGAGGGCGGGUUCGGGCCCGUGCACAAGGGCUUCAUCGACGACAAGCUUAGGCCUGGCUUGAAGGCCCUGCCUGUGGCUGUCAAGCUCCUGGAUUUGGAUGGCUUGCAGGGUCAUAGAGAGUGGUUGACAGAAGUGAUAUUUCUCGGACAAUUGAGGCAUCCUCAUCUGGUGAAGCUGAUUGGUUAUUGCUGCGAAGACGAACACCGGCUCCUAGUAUACGAAUACAUGCCUCGUGGCAGUUUAGAGAAUCAACUAUUCAGAAGAUAUUCGGUUUCAUUACAGUGGUCGGCAAGAAUGAAAAUUGCUCUGGGAGCUGCAAAGGGCCUGGCCUUCCUGCACGAAGCAGAGAAACCGGUCAUAUACCGAGACUUCAAAGCCUCAAACAUCUUACUAGACUCGGAUUUUACUGCGAAGCUCUCGGACUUUGGACUAGCGAAAGAUGGCCCAGAAGGAGACGACACUCACGUUUCGACCAGGGUCAUGGGCACCCAGGGCUAUGCAGCUCCCGAAUACAUCAUGACCGGUCAUCUGACAGCGAUGAGCGACGUGUAUAGCUUCGGAGUAGUCCUGCUGGAGCUCCUGACAGGGAGGAAAUCCGUGGACAAAUCCCGGCCUGCCCGGGAGCAGAAGCUGGUCGAGUGGGCCAGACCAAUGCUGAGAGACCCCAGGAAGGUGGGCCGGAUACUGGACCCGAGGCUCGAGGGGCAGUACUCGGAGGCCGGGGCGAGGAAGGCGGCCGAACUGGCGUACCAGUGCCUCAGCCACCGGCCGAAGCAGAGGCCCGCGAUGCGGACCGUGGUGGAGACACUCGAGCCGCUCCAGGACUUCAGUGACCUCCCAGUUGGCACGUUUGUGUUCACAUUCCCUCCUGAAGAUGAUCCGAGCAAGAAGAGGGAGGCGAGAAAGAGCGACAAGCCCAAGGAAGAGAAGAGAGACCGUGGCCAUCAUCAUCAACAUCACAACCAAAGGCAUCGCAGAAGACUAUCUCCCAAGUCCGUGAUUCACUCAGACACUGCUUUGGGAGACAGAAGCCAUAGACAUGGAUUGGGUUCGCCAUUGCACCAGAAAGGAUGAGCAGAAGAUGAUUGACUGAUUGAAGGGACAGUGUAAAUAAUCACCAAGGUUAUAUUCAAGAUGUUAUUAAAUUACAAGUUCAUUAUAGGCUUGAAUUGUAAGGGUGUUUUUUUUUUUGGAAGCUUGCCCUAUUUUCAGGUAGCAAGGCUCAUUUUUUCCAAUUUUUUUUUUGAUGAAGAGGCUAAAAUGUUGAUUGGUUGAUUCUUUAAUACAAGUGUAAUAUAUAUAGAGUCAAGUGAGUGAAAGGACUAAUUCAGACGAGUUAUCAUUUUCUUUCA